CUCAUCACAGAACCAAAGAAAAAGAAAGAAGAAGUUGCCUACAGUUAACAGGAGCUACCAAGAAAGUCACACAAAAUAAUUAAAUUCAUAAUUUCCUCAUAUAUUUCUACCUCACUCACUCAUCAAUAAAUAGCCCCCCCUCCGGCCUCCAUAUCCUCCACCCCCAUCUCUCAACAACUUCAUACAAAUUAGUUUGGAAUACUUAAAUUAGCCAAACCAUGAUAUCGUUAGAUCAUCACCACAUGAUGAGCGCAGUUGAAUUUGUGGACUAUUUUCCGUCCAUGAUCGCGAGGCUGGGAGAAGAAGGGUUUAUUGGGGAGCUCUGCAAUGGGUUUGUCUUGCUGAUGGAUGUGGAGAAGGGGCUCAUCACCUUUGAGAGCUUGAAGAGGAACUGCGUUGUGCUGGGCUUGCAUGACAUGGGAGAUGAUGAGCUUGUGUGGAUGUUGAUGGAGGGUGAUUUGGAUGGAGAUGGAGCCCUCAGUCAGAUGGAGUUUUGCAUCCUCAUGUUUAGGUUAAGUCCAGGUUUGAUGGAUGGAUCUAAGCAGCUGUGGAAGGAAAACUUUGAUCAUCCUCCUCAUCAUCAAGUACAUUGGCAGAUUCAAGUGUGUUGGAGAAUGUGAUUUGUGGAGGAACGUUCAUGUGCUAAUGUGUUUCUGAUUUUUGGGGAAUUUCUAUUUUUAGCAAAGAUCGGUGGGUCUCUAUGUGCAGCAAUGCUUACCUGUGUGGUGGUGGUGUAUCCCCUCCUUUGUGGCCAUUAUGGUGCAGUCUCCGUCCCCUUUGCGGGUGAUGGUGACUUUGUGUUGUAAUUUGGUUUGAUUUUGUGAUAGGGAAGAUUAUUGUACUAGACUAUACUGGUUUUAAGCUAAUCUUCCCUGUGUUUGUGGUAAUUUGUUCUUGUGAUAUGUGUAUUUCAAGUACUUCUAUGUCAUGUAAUUGAUUAUACCCAUAUUCUAUGUAAAUCAAGUACGCAAAUGGUAGAAAUUAAUGCACUUGGUUUCUCAAUAUUAGU